AUGACGGAGCUGUUCGAGGACAACCAGCGUGACCUCGAGCGCGCUGUCGAGGACCUCAGUUUCAUCCUCGAGUCGGACAUGGCCGAGCAGCCCAUUGCCAAGAUUCGCUCCGAGGUCACCAACAAGGCGGCAUAUGUGCAGAAGAGGCACGACAUCCUCCUUGACGACACUCUCAAGGGCUACCUUGAGCGCAGGUGGAGUUUCCAGGUGGAUAUCUAG